AUGUCAAGAUGCCAAACAGACUGUGUGGAAAAGCCUCUGCGGAUGUGCUUUGAGAUGAUGGGCAGUUUUAUUGGCUCCCAUCCCUGGUGGUUCCUGUUCGCCCCGCUCAUAGUCUCCUCUGCUCUGGGAAGUGGCUUUUAUUUCCUCCAGGACGGCAUGUCCAAUGACAUUGAAGAACAGUUUACACCUGCUGAUGGACCGGCCAAGAUGGAGAGGAAAUACGUGGAAGAAACCUUUCCAAGAAAUUGCUCCAUGUUCUCAAGUCUUAGGCUGAGCACCGCAGGGAGCUACGGUACUGUCAUAGCAACAAGUGAUGGUAAUAUUCUAACCACUGAGUUGCUUCACAACAUCUUAGAUUUGGACUUGAGAAUCAGGAGCAUGCAGGUGGAGUUUGGCAACCAUUCUUUUGAAUAUGGAGACAUCUGUGCCAAAGUGAUGGACUCCUGUGCCUCAAGUGAUUUCCUUGAUAUAAUCGAAUACAAUGCCAGCAAUGUGGAGUCUGUCAACUUAACGUUUCCAUGGUAUCACACUGAUCGUAAAUCUAUACCUUUAUACCUAAGCCUGGGUAGCGUGGAAGUUCACACAGAGACUUCAUUUAUUGAAAGCGCUAAAGCAGUGCAGCUUCAUUACUACUUAGAGGGGAGCAACCAUGCAAAGAAUAACCUCUGGCUGGAAAGCUUUAUCAGCUUGCUUUCAAACGAGUCAUCAUCUUCUCUCCAGGUUUCAUUUUCCACCUCAAAGUCAAUGCAGUGGGAAUUUGAGAGGUCUCCAGCUUCUGUCAUCAAUUUAUUCUCCAUCACUUAUACCGUUGUCGUCACAUUUUCAAUACUAACUUGUUGUAGGUCAGACAAUGUGAGGACAAAGGUUUGGGUGGCCUUCUGUGGAGUUCUCUGCACAGGCCUAGCAAUUCUGAGUGGGUUUGGCGUGAUGCUGUUGCUCGGACAACCCUUUGUCAUGACAGCUGCAUCCUGUCCUUUCAUGAUUUUAGGAAUUGGGCUGGAUGACAUGUUCAUCAUGAUUUCCUGCUGGCAGAGGAGCCGCGUUCUGGACACAGUUCCUGACCGAAUGGGUGCGACCUACAGAGAUGCGUCUGUGUCUGUCACCAUUACCACCAUCACUGAUGCUCUGUCUCUCUUCCUGGGCUGCAGCUCGCCGUUUGGCUCCGUCCGAUCCUUCUGUCUCUAUGCUGGGAUUUGUGUCUGCUUCUGUUAUUUGUACAGCAUCACCUUCCUUGGCGCGUGCAUGGCUCUGAAUGGACGGAGGGAAGCAGAGAACAGACACUGGUUCACCUGUGCCACAGUACCAGAGGACUUUCCAAGCGGAUCUUCAAAAGCCUUCAGGGCGUGCUGUGUUGGGGGUGGUUACAAUCGUACAACUGAGAAGGAGGAAACUGAACCCAUCGAUUAUUUUCUUCAGCACUUUUUAAGUCCGUGUCUCUCCCACAAAGGGUAUAAAGUUUUCGUGUUUUUGUGCUAUUCAGGCUAUUUGGUUUUAAGCAUCUAUGGCAUUCACCUGCUUAAAGAAGGACUCGACAUCAAGAACCUUGCUUUAGAUGACUCCUACCUCAUAAGAUACUACAAUCACCAAGAGCAGCACUUCUCUAAAUACGGCUACAAUGUGAUGGUGGCAGUGAAGCAACCCAUCUCUUACUGGGAUGACGAUGACCAGAGGGAUCUAAACUCAUGCAUUUCAGCUUUUAAAAACUUGAACUUUGUAAACAGCACUCUCGCUUGGUUUACUUCUUUCAAACAUUAUGCAGGCACUUCUAAUCUGAAUAUUAGCUCAAAGGAAACCUUCUUCUCCCACUUGGCUAACUUCCUGGAGCUUAACCCAAUGUUUAAACUAGAUCUUAAUUUGACUUCAGGAAAAGCCAUUCAGGCUUCUCGUUUUUUUCUUCAAACAUUAACCCACUCCCCGUUGAAUGAAAUAAUGACUGAAUUCAGGAGAACUGCAGAGGACUGUCCCUUUAAGCUGCUGGUUUACCACCCUGCCUUUAUCUACUUUGACCAAUACAUGUUUAUCUCAAACAGCACCAUUCAGACCGUCCUUAUUGCCGUCUCUGCAAUGCUGCUUGUCUCUAUCAUACUGAUACCAAACCCCCUUUGUUCCAUUUGUGUGGCCUUUGCAAUUUGUUCAGUAGUUGUAGGCGUUGUUGGGUUCAUGUCACUGUGGGGGGUUAGUUUGGACACCAUUUCCAUGAUCAACCUGAUUAUGAGCAUCGGAUUCUCUGUGGAUUUCUCGGCGCACAUUUCAUACGCCUUUGUUUCGAGUCCCAAGGGGGAUGUGGACCAGAAAGCUGCAGAGGCUUUGAGCCACCUGGGGUACCCUAUAAUGCAAGGAGCGCUGUCCACCAUUCUGGGUGUGGUGGUGUUAUCGAUGUCUGGGAGCUACAUUUUUAGGACCUUCUUUAAGAUUAUGUUCCUCGUGAUAAGUUUUGGUUUGCUCCAUGGCCUUGUGUUCAUUCCUGUGUUUCUCACACUGUGGAAGAGAUCUACAGAGAGGAGCCAUUCAGAGUGCACACAGCAUAAAUGCACUCCUAUACAUUUAUAUACAGGAUUCCCAGCACUGAAUCGUACAGUAUGUACAUGCCAAGCAAAGUAG